ACCAGCAGGACAUUGUGCCAGCCAAGAUAAAGCUUUUAGGCUUUACAGCCUGAGACCACUAGGAACAAUCCUUAGACGAGAAAUUGGUGAAAGGAAGGAGUUUAAUGUGUAGCUGGUGAUCGAUCAGCUGUGGUCCAACAUGCAGAAGUGAGUGGUGAAAAGCAGCAGAGCUGAUGGGUCAUGAGGAUGUAAGUGUGUUUGAAGGCUCUCACACCCUCUUCUCCAGGACAGAAUCAUGAAUAAACUGGAGGACAAGAAGGACCAGAUGAUACCAUGAAGAGAAGUUUACAGGCCCUCUAUUGCCAACUGUUAAGCUUCCUCCUGAUCUUGGCACUGACCGAAGCACUGGUAUUUGCUGCCCAGGACCCAUCUCCCAGGGAAUCUCUUCAGGUCCUCCCUUCAGGCACCACCCCAGGCACCAUGGUGACAGUACCCCUCGGCUCUACCAGAUACACACCAGUGGCUGCUGCCCCCACCUCUGUGGUGACACUGACCCCCCAUCUCGAUGGACCCUCCACACAGACCGAAGCCCCCACAGCCACGAUGACAUCCCAUCCAGAUGGACACCCUCCUGCAAACACCGUUUCUGCCAUUAUGGCAACAGCAACCACCCCCCAUGCUGAAGGCCCCCUGACCACAGGGCCCCUUCCUGCUGCCAUGGCAACCACAUCCUCUCAUUCAGAGGGCCGCCCCUUGGGGGAGGCUGGGCCCACCGUCCUGCUGACAAAGCCAACUGGCGCCGCCAGCCACCCCGCCACAGCACCCACCCGGGCAACCAUGCGCAGAACCCCCAGGCCCCCAGGCUCUUCCCGAAAGGGGGCCAGUAGUGCAUCACGUCUUACCCUGCCUGCACUCAGUGGCCACUCUGGAAGGAAGGAAGGCCAGCGAGGAAGAAAUCAGAGCUCCACACAUCUGGGGCAGCAGCAGCCCCUAGGGAAAAUCUUUCAGAUCUACAAAGGCAACUUCACAGGGUCCGUGGCGCCUGAGCCCUCCACCCUCACCCCCAGGAACCCACUCUGGGGUUUCUCCUCCUCGCCACAGACCCAGACAGUGGCCACAACCACGGCGCCCAGCAGGACCUCAUGGGCACCACUCACCACCCCCCCGGUGCCCGCAGAGGACAAGCCAGGCCUUCGCAGAGCAGACCAGGGGGGUGGUCCUACCUUCACCAGCCAAGGAGGGGAGCCAGAUGCCAUAGCAGCCUCAGGUGCCCCUGCCAGUCCACAACCUGCCCCAGUGCCUUCUCAGCGCCCCCGUGGUGACCCCCAGGACAGCCCCAGCCACAGUGACUCCUGGCUCACUGUCACCCCUGGAACCAACAGACCUUUGUCUGCCAGCUCUGGGGUCUUCACGGCUGCCACAGCGCCCACCCAGGCUGCCUUCAAUGCCAGUGUCUCAGCCCCUUCCGAGGGGCUUCCUCAGGGAACAUCCUCAACCCCACGGGCCCCAGCCCACGCCCCCGGGGUCUCAGAAAGCACUGUUUCCCAAGCCGAGGAGGAGGCUGUGGCCACCCCCACCAUGACCCACCGGGUGCCUAGUCCGCUGUCCACAGUGGUGUCCACGGCCACAGGAAACUUCCUCAACCGCCUGGUCCCUGCCGGGACCUGGAAGCCUGGAACAGCAGGGAACAUCUCCCAUGUGGCCGAAGGGGACAAACCCCAGCACAGAGCCACCAUCUGCCUGAGCAAGAUGGACAUCGCCUGGGUGAUCCUGGCCAUCAGCGUGCCCAUCUCCUCCUGCUCCGUCUUGCUGACCGUGUGCUGCCUGCGGAGGAAGAAGAAGACAGCCAACCCGGAGAACAACCUGAGCUACUGGAACAAUGCCAUCACCAUGGACUACUUCAACAAGCAUGCAGUGGAGUUACCCAGGGAGAUCCAGUCCCUUGAAACCUCUGAGGACCAGCUCUCGGAGCCCCGCUCCCCAGCCAAUGGCGACUACAGACACACUGGGAUGGUCCUGGUUAACCCCUUCUGCCAAGAAACACUGUUUGUGGGACCCGAUCAGGUAUCAGAGAUCUAAGUGCGGCAGCCCUCGCUUUGCCAUUCCCUACCUUUCGUCUCUAAAUUACAAAUAUACAAAUAUAUAUUACGAAUAUAAUCUUUGUGUAGCCCUGACUUAAUGAGAAACAUUUUCGGCUUUUUUUUUUCCCUAAGAAUUGUCAACAUCUUUUUUAUAAGUGUGGUUUAAAAACAAAAACUUUACAGAACGAUCCGUGGCUUUAUAAAAUAAAGGUGUUUCUAAGCAAAGCCGUUGCAUUGAUUGCUUCUCUUAAUCACUGUCCUUGAGCACUUGUGGGUCUCAGCCGCCCUCGGCAGGUCAGGGAAGAGACUGACUGUGGAAGCGGAGAGUUCAAUGGUCAUGAGCCUGGCCCUUCGCGUGCUUCUUAAAGCUCUGGUUCCUCUUGAUUCCAUCUGACCCCCUGCCUUCCCCCUCCUAUGCACACCCGUGAAGGGCCACCUGGGGGGAAGAGGUGACAGACUCAUGCACUAAAGCAGGACAGGGGACAUGUCAUCACCGCAGCGGAUGAGUGCCCUGGAGCCUCACCAUGGCACCACUGGCUGUGAAGCGCGAGGCCAGCCGAGCAGACGCAGGCAGGGGCAGCAGCCCUCCGGGAUCCUCGGAGUCCAUCAGGCAUCCUAAGGCCACAGCCCUGUACCAUCACACGACAGGGACCUUCCGCUGUGCUGACAGGACUGCCUUUCCCUCGUGAAAAACGGCUCCCCUCUGAGCACAUGCCUGCAUCCUCUCCAACACCCACAUCUGCAGUCAACGCUCGUCUCGUGCCUUUGUCUGGAGAGGGUUUAGAUGCGGAUCCCAGCCUGGAGCUUGAGAAUGCUUGUCCUUCUUUAAGGGUCACAUGCGUAUUGAGAUUCAGCUUCGUUUUCUCAAGAGGCCAUCGGACUAUGCCCUCGAGGAGCACGUUUCUGUAAGAAGCCUUGAAGUGUAGAGCUGUCAUUUCCUAAGUCGUCGUCCUGUCAUCUUAAAAAAACGAGAUUUCCAACGUGAUCGUUUGGGAGAGGAAUCAUUACAUCACUCCCUCCUUGGCCUUGCAGACCCAUGUGGGGGUCAUCUGAUGGACUCGCCACCCAGCUUUCACUUCCAGUCCUCCUGUACUGCUCCCGACGGUGGGCAGCUUCCUACACCCACACUGCAUCCAGCUUGGCCAACGGUCAGACCCUCAGAAAUGAGAGAGGGCCUUCCAGAAAUGUCUGUUUCUCCAUUUUUUUUCCUAGUAGAUAGUGGCUGGGACAAAAGAUAACUGCUUUGACACUUCCUUUCUCUAAAAGAAAAAUAGUUUGAUAGUAUAUUUUGAAUAUAGAUGUUCUUAUAGUCAGAUUGGGAAUUGAAUUUGAAUGUUGAUUCAUACGUUUGUGUUGUUGCUGUGGUCUUUUAUCAUGACUUUUCCUUUCUCCCUACAUUUUCCUUUUUAAAAAAAAAAAGAUGGCCUUCAAAAAUGUGUGCUCUCAAUGCUGUAUGACCGUACUUAACAUGAGUUCAGUGGUUGUCUCUCUUCCAAGACUUUUCAACCCACAAAGAAGCAGGUUCAAUGUUGUUCUGAAAUUAAUUUUCUAGUGUGCUGUUGUCUGACCUUUUAACCUGAUCAUAAUAUUUCUGUUAGCUGCUGCAUUUACUGUAUUAAUAUGUGUGUGUCUAUAUAGAAAGCUGUUUGUAAAGUAAAAUUUAUAUAUAAUAUAUGUAAUCAAAGAUACAUAUGUUAUAUAUACAUAUGUGGAUGUAUGACUUAUUUUUCCUUAUAGACAGAAUUCAGCUACUAUGU